AUGCAGCUGCCGGCUGUGUGCUGCAGGGCCUGGCUGCUGCUGCUCGUCCUGCCCUGGGCCGGGGCUCAGGCAGCCGGCGGCGAGCACGGUGCGGAGCUGCGCUCCCUGCAGGACCUCCUGGAGGCGCUGGGGCAGCUGCGGGAGGAGGAGGGGCGGCCGGCUCUGGAGGACGAGCCGGAGGCUGGAGCUGAGGACGGCGGCCCCGAGUGGGACCUGCCGGGGACCCCCCUCCCGGCCCCCAGCCCAACCGAGCCAGCGGAGGGGCAGAGCCGGUGGAGGAGCCUCCUCUCCUCCUCCCGACGGAGGCACUUCUCCGGCUGCUUUGGGACGAGGAUGGAGAGGAUCGGCGCGCAGACGGGGCUGGGAUGCAACCACUACAGAGCCCGUUUCUGGAGGAGAGGGAGAAGCUGA